CCUAAUAUUUUCCAUUCAUUUUCAUCCCACUUUCCUAGAAAAACUAUACCUUUUUUCCACCAAUAUAUUUACCAAAUCUUACAAUCCCACAAUAACAACAACUCAAACAAGAUCCUUAGACACUACACUAAAUUAGCAAUGAGUGAUGUUGUUUCUGCCUCCAAGAAGAAGUUGCUCAUUAAGGAGCUUCUUCAGGGUCAAGAGUAUGCUACUCAGCUGAAGUUUCUGCUUAAGAAUCGUGUUGGUUUAGGUUCUGAUGGGUCUGCUUCGGUUAAGGAAUUGGCAGCUAAUGUGCUGAGAUCUUUCUCUGAGACUAUUUCUGUGGUGACUUCUGAAGGUUGUAAUUUUGAUGAGGUUGCUUCAGAGGAAAAUGGUUCAUUGGUUUCUGCUUCUUGUAAUGAUGAUGUGAAAUCUGAAGAUUCAAGUGAGAGUAAGAAGAGAUUGUUACCUAAUAACACUAAAGAUCGAAGAGGUUCCUACAAAAGAAGGAAGACUGAUGAGACAAGAACCAUAGUCUCUAAAACAACUGGUGACAUUCAUUCCUGGAGAAAGUACGGACAGAAGGAAAUCCUCAAUUCUCAAUUUCCUAGGAGCUACUUCAGAUGUACCCGGAAGCAUGAUCAAGGUUGCAAAGCAACCAAACAGGUACAAUUGAUACAAGAGAAUCCAGAAACAUACCAAAUUACAUACAUUGGGUUUCACACAUGCAAUGCCACUCUACAUACUCCACAAAUGGUCACAUUUUCUUCAGAUACCAAUUGGGACACAUUUCUUGUGAAUUCUCAACCUCACUCAAAAGAAGUUCUUACAAAUUAUAUUCAACAGGAUUCUCCUAUUAUGAGCUCAGAAAGAGCAAUUGUGAAACAAGAAUAUCCGAACAAUGACGACAGUACUACUACUCCGAGGAGUGUUCUCGCGGAUGAUUUAUUCGAAGCUAACUUGUGGUCUGAUUUUAAGGAUUUUGAACUAUCCAAGCCAGAUGCUAGUGUGUAUUCAUGUAGUGAAUCUCAAAACCUUGAAAUUGGUUUUGGGGUGUUUUCUGAUUUCAGCAAUGAUUUAGUAUAUUUUGAUGAAAGGCAUUUGCUAUAAUUAGUUAAGCCUUUUGAGUGUAUUGUUUAGAUUUUGCUUGUGAUUGUAACAGAAUCACUUAAUUAUGUAGAAUAGCUUCUUUCUACAAUGUGCUUUAGAAAGAUUGUACUUAGAUGUUUGUAUUCAUGUAUGUAAGUAAGUAUGCACAAGUUGCUUUUGUUUUUAUGUAUGC